UAUGAUGUGUGGUGUGCGAGGUGUAGGUAGCUUUAUUAGUUGUAGUACGUAAUGCUGCCCCGGUCAAGUGCGGUUAGUGUUCCCCUCUCAGUGCUGGUGGAAGUGUUAGAUUCUAGUGUUUUAUUAUUGCUACGACAGUUCAAAUCGAUUGCAUCGACUGCUUCCGAAUUUACCUUGGGAUCGCCUACCUCCGUUGGGAACCUCAUAAUUAAGUUUCAGAAUGAUCGGUGGGGUGGCAGGUCGGCACAUGAGCACUCGGCGUCGGGGCUCGUCGCCCCUGGUACGUCUGGGUGUACCAGGGGAACAACUGGAGCCCUGGUCGGCGAUGCCGCCCUUCCAGCCCCCAUUAAGUCCUCGAUAUCGCCGCCGCCGUGCCGUCACCACCUCCGACUUCAAGUCAUGUGCCCUUGUGCAGACCCGCGUCAAGCUGGGAGACAUUAUGUUGGCAGCAGCGCAGGAGGCGGCAGCACAGCAGCGGUCUGGUCGUGACUGCUCGCCCGCCCCCGGCCACAGCAUGGCCCCACACCCCCAACAGCCCCCCGCCGGCGCCAAGGGGCCCACCUCACUGUUCUUUCUCAGUGAGGAUAACGCCAUCCGGCGUUACACUCGCUUCAUCAUAGAGUGGCCUCCGUUUGAAUACGCAGUGCUCCUUACCAUCAUUGCCAACUGCGUGGUGUUGGCGCUGGAAGAGCAUCUACCGUGCAAAGACAAGACCAUUCUGGCUCAGAAACUGGAAACAACAGAGGUCUAUUUCCUCGGUAUUUUCUGUGUAGAAGCGUCCCUAAAGAUCUUAGCACUAGGUUUUGUACUUCAUCCUAGAUCGUAUCUACGCAACAUUUGGAAUAUGAUGGAUUUUGUUGUAGUUGUCACAGGGUUCAUUACACAGUUCCCUUAUAAUGAAGAUAUGGACAUGGACCUCCGUACUCUCAGAGCCAUUCGGGUACUCAGACCCCUCAAACUGGUGUCAGGAAUACCCAGCCUGCAGGUGGUGCUCAAGUCCAUCAUCAAGGCAAUGGCACCGCUGCUUCAAAUUGGGCUGCUGGUGCUGUUUGCAAUUGUCAUAUUUGCUAUUAUUGGACUCGAGUUCUACUCAGGUGCUCUGCACAAAACAUGCUAUAGUGUCGAGAAUCUGGAUGAGAUUGUAAAAGAAGGUGAAAUGGCAACACCAUGUAAUACACAUGACAAAGAUGAUGACGCCCCUGCUGGCAGCUAUGUAUGUGAUGCCAAUAUUUCCAUCUGCCACGAGGGUUGGGAGGGGCCUAACUAUGGAAUCACCUCAUUUGAUAAUAUUGGUUUUGCCAUGCUCACCGUAUUCCAGUGCAUCACUAUGGAAGGCUGGACCGCCAUCUUGUACUGGACAAACGAUGCACUGGGCAGCGGUUUCAAUUGGAUCUAUUUUGUGCCCCUCAUUGUUCUGGGUUCUUUCUUCAUGCUCAACUUAGUUCUUGGUGUUCUUAGUGGAGAAUUUGCCAAGGAGAGAGAAAAGGUGGAGAAUAGACAGACGUUCCUCAAGCUGCGACGGCAGCAGCAGUUGGAACGCGAGCUCAAUGGCUAUGUGGAAUGGAUCUGUAAGGCAGAGGAAGUGAUCCUUGCUGAGGAAAGGACCACAGAAGAGGAGAAGAUGCACAUAAUUGAAGCAAGGAGAAGAGCAGCAGCAAAAAGAAAAAAACUAAAAAAUUUAGGAAAGAGUAAAAGUACUGAUACAGAAGAAGAGGAGGGAGAGGAGGAGGAUGAAGAUGUGCCUAAGAAAAAACUCAAAGGGCUUUCUCGAGCUUCCUAUUUGAAAUCGAAAGUAAGAAGUAAAGGAGCAUGUCUCCAAUUUUGGAGAGCAGAGAAACGCUUAAGGUUUUGGAUCCGUCACACAGUAAAAACACAGGGCUUCUACUGGUUUGUCAUUGUGCUUGUUUUCUUCAACACAAUGUGCACUGCAGUGGAACAUUAUGGCCAGCCAGACUGGCUCACUGAAUUCUUAUAUAUAGCAGAAUUUGUGUUCCUUGGCCUUUUCAUGUUGGAAAUGUUCAUCAAGAUGUAUGCUCUGGGGCCACGUAUUUAUUUUGAGUCAUCGUUCAACCGUUUUGACUGUGUUGUGAUCUGUGGCUCCAUCUUUGAAGUGAUUUGGACCGAAGUGAAACAGGCCUCGUUCGGCCUGUCAGUGCUCCGUGCUUUACGCUUGCUCAGGAUAUUCAAAGUCACAAAGUACUGGGCAUCACUGCGCAAUCUGGUGAUAUCAUUGCUGAAUUCAAUGCGUUCCAUCAUCUCCCUCCUGUUCCUGCUCUUCCUGUUUAUUCUUAUCUUUGCCCUGCUCGGUAUGCAGCUGUUUGGUGGUCAGUUCAAUUUUGAGGAAGGGACACCGCCUACCAACUUCAAUACGUUUCCCAUCGCACUCCUCACAGUCUUCCAAAUUUUGACUGGGGAGGACUGGAAUGAAGUCAUGUACUUCGGGAUUCGGUCACAAGGUGGUGGAGGCAUGAUUUAUUCUCUCUACUUUAUCAUCCUGGUGCUCUUUGGUAACUAUACACUGCUUAAUGUGUUCUUGGCCAUUGCUGUUGAUAACUUGGCCAAUGCACAGGAGCUGACAGCUGCUGAAGAGGAACAAGAAGAAGAAGAUAAAGAGAAACAACAGCAAGAAUUAGUGAAGGAAAUGGAGGCAUUACAGCUAAUGGGUGGAGGUGAUGGCUCACCACCAAAAGUGGAAAUUUGUCCCCCUUCCCCUACCAACAAUUUCAAGGGGAAGAACAGUAAAAAAGAGGAAGAGAAAAAGACUGACGAUGAUGAUGACAUGACUGGGCCCAAACCUAUGCUGCCAUACUCAUCCAUGUUCAUUUUUUCACCCACUAAUCCGGUUCGUCGUGGUGCUCAUUAUGUAGUUAACAUGAAGUACUUUGACUUCUUCAUUAUGAUCGUGAUCAGUCUAAGUAGUAUCGCAUUAGCUGCUGAGGAUCCCGUGGAUGAAGAGUCAACCCGCAACACCAUCCUUGAGUACUUUGAUUAUGCCUUCACUUGUGUCUUCACUAUUGAGAUGAUCCUCAAGAUUCUUGACUUGGGCAUCAUUUUACAUCCGGGCUCAUAUUUGCGUGAGUUUUGGAACAUCAUGGAUGCUGUAGUUGUAAUAUGUGCUGCUGUCUCGUUUGGCUUCAAUUUAAGUGGAAGCAAAGCAGGACAGAACCUGUCAACUAUUAAAUCCCUCCGAGUUUUGAGAGUUCUGCGUCCACUCAAAACUAUCAAACGUGUGCCCAAGCUCAAGGCAGUAUUUGAUUGUGUGGUCAACUCAUUGAAGAACGUCAUCAAUAUCCUCAUUGUGUACAUCCUGUUCCAAUUUAUCUUUGCUGUCAUUGCUGUUCAAUUGUUUAAUGGGAAGUUCUUCUACUGUUCUGAUGAAAGCAAGUUUACAGAAGACGAAUGCCAGGGCUGGUAUUUUGUUUAUGAAGGUGAUGAACCUAAAGUACAAAAAAGAGAGUGGAAAACACAGGAUUUCCAUUAUGACAAUGUGAUUGCAGCCAUGUUGACUCUGUUUGCUGUGCAAACAGGAGAAGGUUGGCCACAGGUGCUGUACAACUCAAUGGCUGCCACACAAGAUGACCAUGGUCCCGUCCAGAACUACCGCAUUGAGAUGUCCAUCUUUUACAUUGUUUACUUCGUAGUGUUUCCAUUCUUCUUUGUUAACAUCUUUGUGGCUUUGAUUAUCAUUACUUUUCAAGAGCAAGGUGAAGCUGAGCUACAAGAUGGAGAGAUUGAUAAGAACCAGAAAUCUUGUAUUGACUUCACAAUUGGGGCCAGGCCACUCGAACGGUACAUGCCCAGCAAAAGAAACAGCUUCAAGUACAAGGUUUGGCGAAUUGUUGUGUCAACUCCAUUUGAAUAUUUCAUCAUGAUACUCAUUGUGUUAAACACGCUGCUUCUUAUGAUGAAGUAUGACAAGCAAAGCACUGUGUACAAGGAAACUCUUGGCUACAUGAACAUCGGCUUCACCAGCAUGUUUACCAUUGAGUGUAUUCUCAAGAUUGUGGCGUUCGGAGUGCGGUACCACGAUGCCCCACCACUGCUAGCCGAUAUCCUCCAUAUCAUGAACUCGCUCUUCACCCUGUUCUUCUUCAUAGAAUGCGUGUUGAAACUGAUCGCAUAUGGAUGCAAGAAUUUCUUCAAGGACCCUUGGAAUACAUUUGACUUCAUCACAGUUAUUGGCAGCAUUAUAGAUGCCCUAGUUAUAGAACUGGGGAAAUUACUGAAUAAUGCACAGGAGAAUUUCAUCAACGUGGGGUUCUUGCGGCUCUUCCGCGCUGCCCGACUCAUAAAGCUGUUAAGACAGGGCUACACCAUCAGGAUAUUGCUAUGGACUUUUGUGCAGUCCUUCAAGGCGCUGCCAUACGUCUGUUUGCUGAUCGCCAUGCUGUUUUUCAUCUAUGCCAUCAUUGGCAUGCAGGUGUUUGGUAACAUUGCGCUGGAUCCUGAAAGUGCCAUCACACGACAUAACAACUUCCGCAGCUUUGUUCAGGGUCUGAUGCUGCUCUUCAGAUGUGCAACAGGAGAGGCCUGGCCAUCAAUAAUGUUAUCUUGCAUCAAAGGGCGGCCAUGUGAUCCUCUUGCCAAGAAACCUGAACUUGACUGUGGCUCAAACCUUGCCUAUGCUUACUUUGUCUCAUUCAUAUUUUUCUGCUCAUUUCUGAUGUUGAACCUUUUUGUGGCUGUUAUUAUGGACAACUUUGACUACUUGACAAGAGAUUCAUCGAUAUUGGGCGCUCACCACUUGGACGAAUUUGUUCGAAUAUGGGCUGAGUAUGACCCAAAUGCUACGGGUAAAAUUCACUACUCCGAAAUGUACGACAUGUUAAAAAAUAUGGACCCACCUUUGGGGUUUGGUAACAAAUGUCCCAAUAGGCUGGCAUAUAAGAAGUUGAUCCGCAUGAAUAUGCCAGUUGAUGAUGAUGGAAAAGUCAACUUCACAACAACACUAUUUGCACUUAUCAGGGAGAACCUAAGCAUAAAAGUCAGAAGCGCCGAUGAAAUGGACCAAGCAGAUGAUGAACUCCGGGACACUAUAAGAAAUAUCUGGCCACUGCAAGCAAAGAAGAUGUUGGAUCUUCUCAUACCUAGAAAUGAAGAGUUAAGCAAAGGAAAGCUGACAGUUGGUAAGAUCUAUGCUGCUCUUCUAAUAUUAGAAAGCUGGAGAUCAACAAAAUUUGGCCGGAUUGAACCUGCAGUCCUUCCGGACUGUGGUGGUCUUAGUCCCUCCAAAAUUGAGGCGCGGUCAUCAUUUUUUAACUGCCUCCUGGACAUGGCGGCUGGCCAAUGGACUGGCAACUCCAAAACAGGCAAUCUGGAACCUGAGUCAACUGAAGAAGCCAAUCUUCUGUCCCAUAGAAACACACAACGCAAGAGUUUCAGGACUAAAAAGGUGAAGGGUGUUGUGGUGGCAGUUGGUGAUGUACCUGCUGGGGUGAUGGAGGAUGUAAUCAUUAGUUCGCGCCACCCAUCCCCUGAUUCUCUGACAGACCAACGCCUACAUCCACCAGGCCACUCAGUUCACAUGACACGAUCUGGGUCAAGAUCACCCAGUCCAAGCAGACGAGGGCGUUCACCAACACCAAUAAGGAGAAGCCCAGGUGGCCUACACCAUGAUAUGCGAUUAAUUGACACAGUGUCCAAUGUUGUGGAAAUUGUAAAGCAUGAACAUGGCCAUGGUCAUGAUCAUGGCCACAACAGAAGGCGAAUCAUAGAAUAUCCCGAAGAAGAUGGAUCGUGGUCAGCUUCGACGAGCCCAGCGAGGUCACCGAGCCCCAACCAGCCCUAUUACCACACAUCCAGAACCAGAAAGUAUGGCACGACAAGUUUGGAACAGCGGUCGCGCUCACCAUCGCCUCUGAGAACUGGGCCUGGACAAGGAGGUCAGCCUCGGCACCAACCUCACCCCUAUCAUCAUCGCCGUCAGCAACAGCUGAUGUCACAUCCAAUACAGCAACAGAGCUAUCCAGUGCUAGUUUCUCGAAGAGGUCAAGGUCGGCGACUUCCAGACACUCCCAGCAAGCCCUCAACGCUUCAGUUGCGGCCUGCAUCCAUCAACUUCCCCAAGCUGAAUGCAUCACCCACCCACUGUCCCACAGGUUCCAUAGGCCCCAUGCCUCUCGGACUUUCAUCUCAACAACAGUGCCCUAUGAGCUUUGAACAAGCAGUAGCAAUUGGUCGUGGUGGACGCAUGCUACCUUCUCCUGUUCCAAAUGGUUACAAGCCUGGCCAGCAGCGGAGGAAUCGACAUAGUGACUCUGAUGAUGAUGACUGGUGCUAGCCUAACCUACAUUAACCUUGCAGCAGAAAUGGCAGCAAUUCAUUGUUUAGUUCUGUUGACUGCUUCAGUCAAAACCAACCUAAUCCUCCUUCUUAGUGAUAUCACUACUAACCUAACUUAACAAACAGCAUUGUAAUUUCAACAUACAGGGAUUUGUUGCCAUUUGUUGUUGACAUGAACAACAGUGGCUGAUUCUGGAAUGUUGUAGGUUAGGUCAGACUAAUGAGACAGUAUACUGUAGCAUGGUAGUGAAUAAUGUAAAAGACAAAAUAGUAUGAAUUUGGACUUUCUCUUUCAAAAUUGUAGUUACAAAUCUGGCAACUAAAGAUGCUACUAGGUUAUGUUAGGUUAGUGUCCAUAUAUCCCAGAAGAUGUAGCAACAUUAAGUGAUAGUAGCUACCUACUGCAGUCCCUCCAUUAGCCUGAAGAGCAGUGACAGUUGGAAAGCUGCAGAAAACAAGGUUGAGACAAAUACUGUACUGUGGCUCACUGGGGCCAGUCAUCAUGUGGAUUCUUGCAUGCCAGCAAGUUAUUUACUGCCAACUUAAAAAGACACACAGUGCAAAAGAUGACAUUUUUGUCCGAAACUCUUUUCACUAUGAAACAUUUUCAACUAUGCAAUCUCUUCCCCCUCAAGUGCUUUACAAGUGAUUGUGUUUUGUUCAUUAAAAGAGGUUAUGUUUACGUUUUUUCUGUGAUAUAAUAAAACUAGAAGGACACAUGAAAAAUAAUUAUAAGAAGUAAAAUCUUAUUGGUGCUCAGUUCUGCCAACAGAGAAGAAAAUUUACCCAAAAAAUAACAUUGUGUGUAGUUGACUUUCAGCUGUAGGGAUUUGUUACAAAGAUAAACAACGUUCUGGAAUGAAGUUCCACGCCAUGGCAGCUGAAACAAAGUGUGUCAUCUUGCUCUCUUUGUUGACUUGUGGCCAGUGGACUGAGCAUUAGGGCCUAAAAUGUUUUAAGGGUACAUAAGGAACCAAGUCCAUGACUUUGUGGUUGCCGACAUUUCAUCGACAGUUCUAGAGACUGAAGAAGUCUUUAACUUUGGUUCAGUUUUGUAUUAUAAAGAUGGAGCCAAAGAAACUUUAUUCAACUUGUUCUGAUUUUCAAAGGGUACACUUGUUGCUGUUAGCUAAUCUUGGUUCAUAACACUUUCCACUAUAAUUAUGAUUAAAAAAAGCGUGACAAAGUUGCCUUAACAAUAUGAAUUGAUUGAUUGUGUGUUUAUUAAUUUGAAGUUGGUACAGAAUCAAAACAUUUUAUAUAUCGCUAAUUACUAUUAUAAUGUAUGGCAUUGUGCGCAUGUGUGACUGUGUGUGUUUGUGUGUUUGAAAGUAUGCAUGUUUCUGAUAUAUUGUAUCCCUCCCAUUCAUUGCAUGCACAAGAAGAAUUGGUUUAAAAUUUGCUUAAAAUAUUAAAAAUUGAAAUAGUUGUGUAUAUACCUAGUAAAAAGGAAUGCUGUGCCACAAAAUGAAUGAAGCUACUAUUGCUAAAGGAAUUCCAAUACAAAGGCAUCAUCGAAAUUUCAUCCCACUUUCAAACUCCAAAUUAAUUUUAUUCUGUUCUUUGUAAGCUUUGCAAAUACAGAACCAAAUGAUCCUUGGGAGAAACACCACAAAUUUGACAAAGCUGACUUGUGUAUGAACUGGUGGCACACUUUCUGUUAUACUAAUGUCCCUUGUCAUUUUCUUUCUUACAAAACUAAAUUCUAUCAUAUUUGCUGAAUUUUAUCUUUGUAAACAACAACCAGUGUGCAUGCCAAAAUGUUUCCCUUUCUGUUUUGUUCUGUACAUAUAUUCACAUUUUCUAUACAUAAUAAUAAUAAUAUUAAUAAUACCAAUAUUAUUAAUAAUAAUAUUUAUUACAAAGUUUCACUGCAAACUGACUAAAAAUCUGGGUACUGAAACAGUGAUAUACCCAUUUAAUAUUGCAACAAAAAAAAAAAAAGAAACAGAAACAAAAACAACACAUUUAA